AUGAUUGUUCAAUCAGCACCUUUAAUAUUGAAACAACGUAAUCAACCUAGUCGAGAAUGUCUCUACGCGUGGUAUCCUGAAGUAGUACCAGAUACAGGUAUCACAACAACAAUGGCGCCAAGGGAUAUCUAUAUUAAUAAAGGACUCGACAAGGAUCUUCUACAACAAGAUACAAUCACGGCGAGUUGUAAUAACAGUAAUAAUAAUAACAAUGUUAAUGAUGUUUUACAACGUUACAAGCAGAGUAUAGCGUCAAGUGAACGAGCGUACCAUUCGGCAGGCACUAUUGAUGAAGCAUUACGUACACCGUGGGCAUUACAUUAUGAAAUAGAACGACGGCCAGCAACUCCAAAUCUUCCUUCAACUUCGACUGAUAUGCCGAUACACGAAGAAGUGCCGCGACGUUUGAAGAGUGCUCCGCUGAUCCGUACGCUUCCAUCAACAUCCGUUCUAACGGUUCCGGAACCACGAUUUAUGACACCUUUAGUUUCUGCUCCUACACAUCAACCCGCACCAACACAACCACUACCACCGUCAGCGACAGCAAACAAACCUCGAGUUCGAGCUUCAUCAGCUCGAGGACGUUUGAAUACAUCAGUUACUUUCAAUGAGGAACAAUUAAAUUAUCAUAAUCGUCAAGAACAACGCCGAGAAAGUCGAUCAGCUCAAAGAACGCCUCAAUACAAAGAAACACAAGUAGCAAAUGAAAUCAAUCCGAUCGUUCGCACGCAAGUUUAUACCGAAGCAACACCACCGCAUCAACAGCAACAACAACAAUCAUCUGUAAUUGUUCCCUCGACGACCACGCCGUCUGUUUAUGUCUAUCAAAGAUCUGCCACGUGGUGUGGAAAUGAUCAACCUGCUUGUUGUACUAAAGUGGAAACUAGUGUUCCUGUUGUCCUCAAUCCAUAUUAUAUUCGUCGGCCAGGUGUUGUCUCAGCUACUAAUGCCGCCAAAAAAACAGUUGUUCAGGAUUAUACAACGACAAGAAAACCAAGUAAACAUCGUCGACGCGUUCAUCAUCCUCAUCACCAGCAUCAUCAACAGCAUUCUCGCCAUCAGAAAGAGAAACGUAAUGAACCCAUGCUUGCCACAGCACCCCUAUCCUAUUCGACAAAAGUACCGGUUGAAAUCGAUGGCGUGAAAUUACUUUACGAUCCUACGUUAUCAUUAGAUGAUCCAUCAUCAAACCUUAAAAAGUAUCUGAUCGAAGGUCGUCUCUAUCUCAUCAAAGAUCAAUGUUACAAUGUCGUAGAAAACGUCGACGCCUAUAAUCGGACGCAAACUCCGACUCCGACUCCAACUCACACUCUUCCACCACGUCCGAAAUAUUACAAAACAAUUCCAAUAGAAAAACUUCAAAUACCAAAGCCAGCACCUGACGUACAUUACAACGCGUCGGAAACCUUCUUCUACAAUACGAUACCCAAGCGAGUACAUCGCUAUGUAAUCGAUCCGAAUUUUAUCUCCGAGAACCUAAAUGUGAAUAAAAUGCCGCUUUCGCAACGUCCACCAACAGCGAACGCUACUCACUCAACAAUAAGUGAUGUCAACCGACAAGCCACGGUCUACGCGUAA